GCCCCACGGCGAGCCUCCUUGCCGCGCGGGAAGACUUCACUCGGCCAUCGCCUCGGCGAUGCACAACGUCAUAGAGCACCGUCGUGUCUUGUCUCUCGUUGAGUGGACCGUGCGCGGGUGUCUCUCUUCGUCCGUCACCGCCGGUGUUCCAUUUCACUACUGGUCGCACCUCUGUGUCGUUGUCUGCCCGGCCCACCACGCGCGGCAGAGGGUCAGCGAGGACCUGUUGCCCAUGCCAGCCUAAGCUCUGCCUUGUUCCGUUUAUAUUUUAUUUUCGUGCUUCCGAAGCGUCUCGGGAGUGUCACUUUGCCGGCCGUGCGCCCGUCCGCUUCUGUAAACGACAGUUGUGCUCGCUUCCUCGCGCGGCGGCGGCGCGCAUUUUGGGAGCGUCGGUGAGGAGGAGGUUCCGUUGACUGGCUGCCUCAGCUGCUUCGGGACCGGAGUGCCCCGGGAGAAGCCACUCAGCUGAGCGUCGCGCCUCCUCCCAUACUCUGAUUGUUGAGGAUGAGGGUGUUCAGCCUGGAGGACUUUCACCAGCUGGUGGCCAACCAGUGCCAGAAGGCGUGUCUCGUGGCUGGCCUUUGCCAGCAGCGUCGACCAGGACAUGCACCGGCCAGUGGACUGGCAAGGAAACAAAGACUGUUGAAGGUUCUGAAAUCAAGGCAUCACAGAAGUACCCAUUGCUACCGAGCCAUGUGUUUCUGGUGUCACAUAUUCCUGUGCGUGCUGAGUGCGGUGCCAUCGCUGGAGGCAAAAGAGACGCCCGAGCGCUUCCGCGACCACGAGUACUUCCUGCGCAAGCUCUUUGACAAGUAUGGACACGACGGGCAGAUGACCUUUGAAGGCUUCGAGCACCUCCUCGAGAACCUCGGCCUGGCACGCAUCACCAUACGAGAUCACGACCUGUCUGCCCACCGGCCAGAAGGUGCUAAUGUGGGAUUUGUGAAUCGCCAUGCUAACCACAUUCACGGCGAUGUGGUGGAUGCUGUUGUGGAUGGCCACCACAACCACCAGCACAGUGGCGACGAGUCGGAUCAUACACACACGACUGAGGGAGCUCACCUUGUGAGGGUGCAGAGGGACCUUUCUAGUCAGGAUGGCACAGAAGCAGCCGAUUCCUCUAACACAACAGAAGCCCCCAGCGUGCCAAAGGUUACAGUCAGGACAAGGACAGCAGAAGUCUCGUUUGAAAAGUGCCUAACAGCAACAGAAAUUCUACACACUGUAGACACAAGUCCUGAGGCUAAUGUCAUAAACCUCAAGGACUUUAUGCACCUGUGUCCGGCGCUCGUCUAUCAGCUGGAUGAGAAACAUUGUUCUCUGCCAGAGGCCAACCGCCACAUCCACCAUCAUAGCGACAGUGAAGAAACAACAGUAGACUUUAAAGUGUGGAUGUAUGCCUUCCUUGGUGUACUCGGCAUCAGCCUGACUGGCCUGCUCAGUGUGGCCAUAGUGCCGCUCAUGCAGAAAGUCUUCUAUCACACACUCAUCCAGUUCUUGGUGGGACUUGCUGUCGGGAGCCUAACGGGCGAUGCCCUCCUGCAUCUGCUGCCUCACGCUAUGUCCGGCCACCACCACGAGCACUCGGAAGAAGGCGGUGACGGGGAGAACUAUGUGUGGCAUGGCCUUGCUGCCCUUGGAGGCAUCUACCUGUUCCUGAUUGUGGAACGCUUCCUCUCUAUACACUCCAACCACAAGCAUCGCAAGCACAGUCCACGAUCCAACAACAGCAUACAGUCGAACCCAACACCAAAGAAGCUUCGGCGCUCCUCCCAAGAUGACCAGGGCAAGGUUGUGGGAGAGAAGCUGUCCCACCACAAGCAAGGCUCCUACGGCUUUGUAGACUCUUCCGGAAUGGAGGCCCUUGAACGGCUAACGGCAGUUCCGGCUGAAGAACUGGAGCUGUCACCUUUGGGCGAGGGCUAUGUGGAGAUCAUGGACCUUCAUGACUCCGAGCUGCAUCACCCCAUGGGUGGCAUGGAGACGCAGCCUGAAAAGGACCUGCUGGUCAUAGUCAAGAAUGGUGGCUCCAAGCUUCCCUCCACCCCAAGGUGCCCACCAUCACCUUUGCCACAGGAUGAGGAGAACCACAGGCAUCCACUUUGCCAUGGCUCCCGGGACCCAGGCACAGAAGAGUGCCAUACAGAAACCUUGGUCUAUCGCCAGACGGGUGAAGAGCACAGUUUCACGCUAACCGUAGCCGAUCACCAUCACCACCAUCGCCACAGCCAUGCACACAGUCAUGAGGUGCCAUCUUCUAUUGCUGCCAUGGCCUGGAUGGUGAUCAUUGGCGAUGGUCUUCACAACUUUUCUGAUGGACUUGCUAUUGGUGCGGCAUUUGCAUCGGGUCUUUCUGGUGGCCUUAGUACAACAAUUGCUGUGUUCUGCCAUGAACUUCCUCACGAGCUGGGCGACUUUGCGGUGCUGCUCAAGGCAGGAAUGUCGGUGAAGCAGGCGGUAUUUUACAACGUGGUGUCAUCUGUGCUCUGCCUGUUGGGAAUGGCUAUUGGCAUCUCUCUAGGAAAUGUCCACUCGGCCUCAUCGUGGAUCUUUGCUGGAGUCGGUGGCAUGUUCCUUUACAUUGCUCUAGUUGACAUGCUUCCAGAGCUGUCGGUGAACCCAAACUACGGCAAUGCGAGGGCUGUGCACCAGCUUGGAAUUCAACUGCUGGGCAUAUCGCUGGGGGUGACCACGAUGUUUGUGAUUGCCCUGUACGAGCGAGACCUCCAAAGACUUAUGAGCCCUUAGUUUCUUACUCGCCACUACGAGGCGUCAACCAACAUACACCAGCACCAGUGUGGACAUGUUCACCAUUCUUUCAACUCGUUCAUCCAACCACUUCACAUUGAUGAUGCAUUCUUGCGGUCGAGGCCUCGCAUAACUCGACCCACACGAGCAAGAUGCCAGAGGGGUUGUGCCAGAAAGAAGUUUCAUCGGGCCAGCAGUUGUUCUUGAGCUCCAUUGGUUGUGGAUAGCCAUUUGUCAGAGGUGUGUGCUGCGCCCUGAAUCGAGCCCUUGUGCUUGAUACGUGUGUGUGUUGUGCGUGCUGAACGGUGCUGUGUUCAUGAUUACAGACUAGUUUGUGAAAGGAUAAAAAAAUGGUGCAUGGCAUUAGCAAGGAUGAUGCUUAGGUAAUUUAUCUGAAGGACACUACAUUGUGCUGUGUUCAGCAAUACAGUGCGUGCAACUUUGUUUUGAACAUCCUGUUGACCGCCCACAUCAUCUGUGCCUGCCAGUUUUGUUUGUAUCCUUCCCUUUUUUGUUUUACUUGUUAAGCACAAUCAAUCUUGGUCCACACUUAGUUUCAAUGUUGCCUCUGUUGACUGAUGUCAGUUUAUCCUUGAAGUUAAGGUUGCAUUGGAAAACUUUCAGAUGUAUACCAGAACAAUGUAUCAGUAAGAUGCAGUGAGGAAGUCCUUAAUUCUUCUGGGGCAAUCCUGCAUUCGGAAUGUCAAGUUAGAACAACUUGCAGCGGUACUUCAAUUUCAACAUACUUCAUUUCAACAUGCCUUAUUUCAUUUGUGUUCUGCUCUCUUUUAUCAGUCCUUCAGACCUUUAAAAAAUUCAGCUCAUCAUUUUCAUUAUUUAUGCAGUGUUUGCUGGCAUUUAGUAGCGUACUGUUCGUGUUUAUGUAUAGUUAGGGUGCACUCCCAGCAUGUGUGUGAACUGUUCACUCAUUAUGAUUUGCAACUGGUGGCAUUGUUCUUAUGUUUUAUGCAUGCACAGUGACAAGAUGUGCUGGUAGUGUUCCUUUGCUUGUUCCUGUUCUGUUUGGCUUGCUUAGGUGAACAGAUCGUGGUUUUAUUGUUUUUCUGUUUGUUGCCCAUAGAUUUUAUUUUGCGGUUCGUCUAUUCCGGUGCAGACGCAUGUUUGGGCCAAGCGUGAGUGUUCGCACUGUGCAACGUGUGCACCUCUUGUUGUCGAUGUGCUUGCUCCCACCCACAUAUGUACUCUGCACAGGCAGGCUGUGCUGCCUGGAUGCUUGAGUGGUGCUGCAACGUUUGUAAAGAUUACUGGUUUGCACAUUUUAUUCUUGACAGCAUAGGUUACACAAAUUGUUGCUGUUCAGACUGAGCAGCUUUAUAUAAUAUACAUAUAUCUUUGAUGAUACAUUUUGCUAAUAAAGUCUUUGGGAUGCCAUUGU